AUCGCAGAAGCGCGACCCAGCUGUGCGCAGGAGGCCGGUUGCUCGUCUCUCUACCGGGUCUUUCACGCACAUGUAAGAACGGCGCAUCGGAGCCGACCCAGAUCCGAUCUCCCCUCCAUUUCACCUACAAAUUGAAGCCCGAUUUGCUCUUCUUUGUGUACCGCCGAUCUUUAGGUUUCUGGAUUUUGAUUUGGUUACGAUUUCGGUGGGAUUUAGGUCGAGCGAUGGGGAGCAGAAUCUGAUCUGUGCUCUGGCGGGACAUAUCUUCCUCGGGGAUCAUGAUUGAUCCGGCGGCCGAAGUUCAAAUGCAAGGAAACAAUGAGGCAUCCCAAGGAUGCCCCGAAGAUGCUGCAUCUCAAUCUAAUUCUAAAGAAAAUGGGCCAUUUAUUAAAUGUAUUGUCGAGCCUAAAGAUAGGAAGGAUGCAACCAUUUAUGAUUUUAUGAAUAAAAAUAGCUCAGUGAUCUGGGAGCCUUAUGCAAUGGUAAAUCAAGGUUACAAUGGACCAUUCUAUAGACAAGAAACAUAUCCACCACCAUUUGUCUCUCCUGAUUUUUUGAUGAUGCAACAAGUCCACCUGAAUGCCUUUGAGAACAAUAUCUAUCCAAUAAACCUGAAUUAUUCAUAUCCUAUUGAAAACAGAUUUAGUUAUAUGCCAACAGUCAACAUGUUUUCUCAACCAUAUCCGUAUAAAGGUUACAUACAAGAAUUUCAGUACUUCGUGGUUAUUGACUUUGAGGCCACUUGCGACAAAGAAAGGAAUCUGCAUCCACAAGAGAUCAUUGAGUUCCCCUCUGUGCUAGUCAACAGUGCAACUGGCCAACUAGAAGCUUUUUUCCAAACAUAUGUGCGGCCUGCAUAUCACCAACACCUUACUGAUUUCUGCAAGGAGCUUACUGGGAUUCAGCAAAUUCAGGUAGACAGAGGUGUUCCUUUAAGUGAAGCUCUAAUCAUGCAUGACAAAUGGCUGGAAAAGAAAGGAAUCAAGCACAAAAGCUUUGCAGUAGUCACGUGGUCUGACUGGGAUUGCCGUGUCAUGUUAGAAUCUGAAUGCAAAUUUAAAAAGAUCAGGAAACCUCCCUACUUUGACAGGUGGGUCAACCUAAAGCUUCCAUUUCGGGAAAUGUUUGGUGUCCACUGCAAUCUCAAGAAAGCUGUCGAGCUUGCUGGCUUGACAUGGGAGGGUCGUCCGCACUGUGGCCUUGAUGACGCCUGUAACACUGCACGCCUUCUUGUCCAUCUCAUGGAUAGGGGCUUCAAGUUCUCCAUUACCAAUUCCUUGAAUCUUUUCUCUGAUCAAAACCAACAAGCACAGAAGCCAAGAGAACCAGCAGCUGCUCUCAUCCCCUCUCGUCCCUUUGUAGACACCAGUCGGAAGGAGAAACAUACAUGCUACUGUGGGGUACUUAGCAGAGAAUGCUUUGUCCGCAAGCCCGGACCAACUCAAGGAAAAUCUUUCUUUGCGUGCGGCAAUUGGACCGCAACAAGGAGGAACAUAUGCAACUAUUUUCACUGGGCUUCUAGCUGAUGGCACUAUCUGUUUCUGGUUGUUUGAUUAGAUGAAGCAUGUAUAGGAGGAAAUGCUGCCUGAGGGAUGAGCUGUUCGUUCCCUAAGUUAAAAACAUAAUGAUCCUAGUACUCGUCUUUAAAUAUAUAGUCAGUUAUCGUGUGCCAAAACUUCAAAAACCGAAACUCUCUAGGUAGUAUCUAACCUUUUGAUACUGACUUCUUGUUUAUAGAAGAGAAUGGGGAUUAGAUGCUGCUUACGAUAUUUGACAGUUAAAUAAUUAAUGUGGUGAACCUUUUCCAUUAA